UUGGUUUUGAAAUUGCCGCCAUAGUAGCAUAGUGAUAUUUGUCGGUCCUGUGUAUAAAAGCUAACCUAAAAAAAGGAAAUCAAUGCAACGAUGAGGUGUGUCCGCAACGCAAAUAGAUUAGUUUUUAGCAAAAACUGAAAUUAUUGGAAGUUAUUGGUGGUUUUACGUUGGAAAGAUUAUCGAAUCUAUAAAGGAUUUCGUGAUUCAACAAAGAAUACUUGUUAAAUUAUGAAGUAACAGAGAACAUUAAAUGAAAAAAUAGGAAACAACUUCGAACAUUAAUUUUCACGUCAACCAAACGAAAACAGUUUGAAUAUGGUACUUGAGACGGUUAGGAUUUGCAAUAAGGAGCAGAAAGUAAUCGUUGGUCGUGGAUGUGUUCAAAACGUCGAUCAACAAAAUUUCUACGCGAUGUGUCGGACUAAAAUUUGCAAUCCAGAUUAAAUAGAAUGCUGCAAUUACACAUAGAGCGGAAACAGGUAAUUAAAGCUGUAAUUUACUUUUUUAUAGCUGUUUUACCGUUGACAUUGAUAAUCUAAUAGCUAUUAUAGUUAAAAGAAACAAAUUAUUAUAAACCAAUCAUAAAUUUUUAUUUCGUGUAUUUUAUCUUGUUUAUUUCUAAUCAAUAGUUGUAAGUUUUUUUUAGAUAUGAAUAUCUAAAUAUGGAACGCGAUAUAAAUUAAUACAAAUAUUAAUUUAAUAUUAAAUAGAUAUCUCUAUUCUAUUUAUCGUGAUUUCAAGUUAAUAUUUGAUCCGAAUCACUAGUAAUUCCAGUCGAAGCUGUAAAUUUUUUUAUAAUCACAAUAAUUGAAUAAAAGAUCCUUAUUAUGACUUAGAAUAUAAUUUAGCAUUUAAAUCUAAAGUUAUCAAUCAAAGUUGAUGAAACGUAGUUUAACUAUGCGUCUAGUUUCUCGUUCAUUGUCAAUGUCAUUUUUCGUUGAAUAAAUACAUAUGUAUGCAUAUAAAUACAUAUAUGCAGGUUAAUUAUGUAAGAACAUAUAGAUCUAUCUAAUAUAAAAUAUUUAUAUUGAUAUCAUUGUAUUUUUAUUUAUCAUUAUCUAUUAUUAUCAUCCAAGGUUCUUUAUUAGAACGAACACAGUAACGUAAUUGUGAUGGUGAAUGAAAAUAUAUACAUAUACAAUUUAAUAUUUGCUAAAGUAGUGAAAGGAUUGACCGGUUUAAGUGGAUAGCGAGCAGCAGAUUACACAAAAAAGAUAAAAAAAGUAAAAUGAUUUGUCAUGCAACCUUCAACCGGUUUUGCUUCGAUUGCCAACUGUAAAAAGUGUAUUCGUUAAUUUUGCACGUCCAGCUUGGAAUGAUCAUAAAUACUAAUAUUUCAGAAUAAGCGAAACGGUAUUUUAAAUUAUAUAUAUAUAUACACGUUCGUACAUAUAAAUGAAUAUUGAUGUAAAGUUGGUAUGCAUCAAACGCACAUUUUUAAAACAUUCAGGAACGUUUAACAAUACUUGUGAGAAAGAAGGUAUUCACGAGUAUUUAUCGCCAACCCGCAGUCUGUCUUCAAAUCGAUAUCGACCGCUGACUGACAGCGAAUUUUCUUUUUAUGUAUGUACAUAUGUACACACAUUAUGUUAGCAAAUGUUAGCGAAUACCCAUAAAUACGUUAUGUAGGUACGCGGCCGACGGAUGCCCGACUUCACAAGCAUCUAUGCGUACAUACAUCAUAUAUCGAAAAUCGAUUCUGCCAAGGCAAAGAAAUGUGUAAUACAAUUUAAUAGAUCAAAGGUGUAACAUGAUUUGAAUAAAUUAAAAAAAUGCGUCAAAACAAGAACGCUUGUCAUCUGAUAAGAUGUAAAGUAACGAUAAAAAUACAGAAAUAUAUUUUGUUUUCCUAGAAAUAUUAUGAUAGGAACCAUUCGAUAGCAAUAAUUAAUGACAGUGAUUAAAUUAAGAAUUAACGAUUAAAGAUAGAAAAGAAUGACAAAAUGUAGAAGCUAUGUACAUAAAAAUAUGACACGAUGUGUCGCAACCUUUUAGCAGAUAUUCGUUCGAUAUGAAAAGAAACGCGCGUCUGAUUCACGGUUCAGUAUAACGUCGGCCGUUUCCUUGAUAGGAGUUGAUUAUAAUACGAUUUCGUGUGUGAGCCACGCCGAAAUUUGCUGUUGAAUUGGAACGAUUGACCGAAUAAACGAGAACAACAAAUCGGUACAACGAUGCAAAAUUGUUGUGACGAUGGCGAUAACGACGUCGUCUAUAAGGAUGUGGUCAUUAUAGUGCUACGAUCUGUACAGAUCGUAGCACACGAUUUCAGGUGGAAACACACGGUAACGGCCGUUUUUCCCGUGAUAAUACGCGCCGAAGUAUCGCGAAAAAGCAGUGCGAAAGGAUAAAAGAAUCGGUAUUGUCUGUAUUCUAUACACAGGGUGGUGUGUAUGUUUUGUUCAGGAAACGGACCUAGUGGAAUAUGCCUUUCUUUCAUGCUUGCUGGAAAUUGGCCUUAUUAUACCGGUGAACCACAUCCCGCCGAUGAAAUGCUCACAGCCAGAUUACACUCGAGCACGAGAUCCGGAAAUGAUGACGAGGAAUGUUGCGAUAGGACGAGUCAAGAACAACAACAAUUAGGGAAUGAAUCGAGAUGCCAUCGAUGGCACGAGAGUGAGAAUACCAAGUUGAGAAAAUGUCAGGGGAACGGCGGUGGAAGGGGCUUGGCGAGCAGUACGCGUUGCAAAUUGGAAUGCCUUUCUUCCGGACUGGAAGGUAGAGCCGGUGGUCGGCCUUUGGCUCUUCUUAUGGACCAACUUCAACAUCCUUGUGUCGAUGCUGGCCUUGAUGUGCCGUCUCUGCUUACCUGGAAAUCGGUCGAGCAACAUCCUGAGCAUAAAGUGAUCGAUCACAUUGUGCUCGGUAAAGGUCAACCUGGUGGUUCAUGGCAGUCGAUGGAUCCAAACGUGUUGACCAUCAGCUUGAACCGAUGGAUGUCGUUGCCCGAUUUAGACAUAAGACAAUGGGAGAUGUUGGUCGAAUCCGAAGAACUUCAAAAAGCAAAUUCGACAGAGGGUAAACCGUCGUGCAUGUACUAUGCCUUUCAAGAGAAACCGAGUGCAUGUAAAACGGCUAGCAGAAUUUCUGUCGGUACAGUAGCUGCCUAUUACAAAGAUUACGUACGGAGAAAAAAGUUGGAGCAAUACUUUCGAUGCGAGACUGUAGUUACUUCAGUGAGACUGUGCUGCGAUUCUCGUCAUCAUCAUCAUCCACAACAACAACAACAACAACAAGAUCGUUACGGAUGGAUAGUCGAUGGCUUCGAUAAACAAACAGGGAAACCGUUUCGCUAUCGCUGCAAAAGAGUCGUUCUUGCCACAGGCACGACCGAUUUAUCAAAUCAAUUGGGUAUAGCCGGUGAAGAUUCUCAACUUGAUUGGGUAACGCACGAUCUAAACAAGCUGGAAUCAAGAUUGGAUCAUUUGAUUAGUCAUCAGCAACAUGCAAACGAAGUAGAGGAACGACGGCAACCAAUUGAUCCGGUAUUAGUGAUCGGUUCCGGACUAAGUGCUGCCGAUGCAAUCAUGGCCGUUCGUUUUCAUGGCAUUCCCGUCUUGCACGCAUUUCGUGACUCGUCCAACGAAUGGAAUAAAUCAAACGACGAGAAAAUACGCACUAUCUAUGAUAGAUUGCAAGGUCUACCCAGCUCGAUGUAUCCCGAAUAUCACAAGGUAUACGAGAUGAUGGCUGAUGGUGGUACUAAUUAUCCUCUAUACAAAGCAUUACCGGGGUACACGUUGCUCGGACUUACUGCAAAUGAUACUGAUUUCAUCGAUGGUGCCGGAUUCGAAAAACAUCCGAUGGUUACGCUUGUCGACCCAGACGGAUGCGCACACGCUUUUCGUGUCUCUGCCGUAGCCAUCCUUAUCGGUUACAAGCCUGAUUUGUCCUAUCUCAAAGCUGACGGUAUCGGGCUUGGUAAAUAUUUCGAGAAACCCAUAGAUGGCAAAUCGAAUCCUAUCGAGGUUGACGAUUUUACUUAUGAAGUAACCAAAGCCCCGAGAUCUGGACUUUACGCUUUAGGUCCUUUAGUCGGUGAUAAUUUCGUACGUUACAUACUCGGUGGAGCGUUUGCAAUUUUAGUUCACAUUCUAAAUACCUCGUCUCCGUCUUUCACUUGAGUAAUGUGUAGUCGCACAAGCCUCUUAACUCAUGUUCGAUCGAUUCUGAGUCUCCGCAGAAUCAUACACAAACCGCACGCGUUUUUUAUUCGUACAUUCUGUAUUAUACUUAUCCAGGAACGUUUUUCUCUAUUCAGCUGAUUUACCUUUCUACCACCGUGUAUAAAAACAAAGUAAACGUAAACUCUUUUACGCGUAAAUGAUAUCCAAAUUGUUUAUCGCACGAUGCAAAUUUGUCCCUUAGUUUUUCAAAAUGCGUGCGUACUUUUAACAAAAUCUACACGAAACUGCUUAUACAAGUAUAUUAAGGUUUUUAUCAUGAAUCUUGACCAAGGAAAACAAAUCCGAUCAUACAGAUGAUACAAUAAAAUUCAUACGACUUUAA